AUGGCAAGAUAUCGUGCACCUUUUCAUCAGCUAAGAAUUUCUUACGGCACCAACAAAGGCAAAAACUACAUGGAAGACGACGACAGGUUUUUGGUGUGUAUGUUGCACAAGUUGGGUUUCGAUAGAGAAAUCGUCUAUGAAGAGUUGAGAGCAGCUGUGCGUGCAUCGCCACAAUUCAGAUUUGAUUGGUUCUUAAAAUCGAGAACUGCCAUGGAACUGCAGAGGAGAUGUAACACGUUGAUUACGUUAAUAGAAAGAGAAAAUGCCGAAUUGGAGGAAAGAGAAAAAAUUGAUAAAAAGAAAAAAGUCUCCAAAUCUUCAAAUCUUGAAGGUAUUCCUGCCCAAAUAAGCUCGAAAUCUUCACAGAAACAGAAGAAUGACGCUUCGCUUGGUGGAGUCGAAAAGAAAAAGAAGAAAAAAUGAAACAUGCUUUACUUUCCAAUGGCUUACAGUUGAUUGUGUGUAUGAAUGUGGGUGAAUAUUUACGAUUAGAAGUAAACAAUAGUUGUAAGAUUUUUUUAUUUAUUUUAAACAGAUUAAAAUUUAAUGUCCAUAGAUAUAUACUAUGCCAACAACAUUUUCUUGAUCCAUGUUAAAAUCAGUUUUGUA